AUGUCAGCCGUAAUAAAUUCACGACCUAACAGUCAAGCAAGUAGUAUCGGAGCUGAUGUCAAGCCAGUUCUCCUGCACAAAAUCGAUGGCCAUAUUGCCCGUGUGAAUGAUAUAUUUCUCCUGGAGAAGGAAGAUGGAGUUUGGACGGUCAGUGAUGAUCGCUCAAUCAGGCUUUAUUUGAAAAGAGAUAACGGUCAGUUCUGGCCAUCCAUACACCAUCAAAUGCCUGUUGCGCCAACAUGUUUGUACUAUAGCGAGCAAACUAGGAGAUUCUUCGUUGGAUUACUAAAUGGACAUGUUUAUGAAUAUUUGGUUGCUGAAGAUAAUAACAGUAUGACCGAACAGCGGCGAUGGAGUGCGCAUGCCGGACCUAUUUCUGGUCUUUGUCUUGCUCUAGACUCUGAGCUCGUUUUUAGUUGCUCGAAAGAUAAAACUCUUAUCUGGCAUUGCUCUGAAACAGGCACGAAGUCCGGAAUAUUCCAAGGAGAUAGCAGUCUGACCUCUUUGGUUGUUGACUUGCCCUUCAUUUUUGUUGGAGAUCAUGGAGGGAACGUGAUUGUACUACGUUUGAAUGGCACAACAGCUCAGUUGGUGAGCAAGCUAAGCGCCCACACAGCAUCCGUUUCCUCCUUGGCCUGGGAUCGAGUUAAGGAAGUGCUUUUUUCUGGAAGUUAUGACAAUCUUGUUAUAAUGUGGGAUAUUGGUGGAAAGCGAGGAGAAGCUUAUGAACUUAACUCCCAUUCAUCAAAAGUUACGCGAUUAUCCACUGCUGUUGGGGCUCAUAGGCUUUUCUCAGCUGAUGAUGUCGGUCGAUUGGUGUGCUGGGAUAUGAACGUUUCUAGGCUUGAAACGCCUGCUUGGGCUAGAUCUGAUCAAUGCGAGAUUUGUGAUCAGCCAUUCAUCUGGAAUAUCACUAAAAUGUGGCAAAUAAAGGCUUUGGGAAACCGUCAACAUCAUUGUCGAACAUGUGGAAAAGCCGUAUGUGGUUCUUGCUGCGACAACUGGACAGUCUUUCCGAAAAUGGGAUAUGAGCUGCCAGUUAGGAUAUGUAGCAUAUGCCAUAAGAAGAUGCAGGAUAAUCCUCAGCAAUUUGACUUGACUUCUUUGGCCGUAUCACAUGAUCUUCGAACAGGAGUCACUGCCAUGCAUUUACAGGAGACGUUAGGGAAACUCGUCACCGUUGGCCAGAAUCGAGUUGUGAUGAUUUGGGACGUGAAGCCACUCUUCAAAAAUAAUUAA